AUGUUCUUCGCGAAUCGCGCUGGCUUUUACUGGAUUCUCGUUCUCUCCUUGCUGUCAAUUGCAGCGGCCUCUCCCCUUUCUACAAAGAAUGUAACGAUAACGGGACCGGCUGUGUCCCCUGAAGCAUUCAAACGCGCCGUGUCGGCACCAUACGUCUUCACGGCGUUCACUUCGGUGUCAGAAUCAAAUCUAUAUGUGUAUACGUCUAGCGACGCGACGAACUUUGCCUUGCUGAAGGGUCCCGCUUACACUCCUCCAGCUGGGCUCAUCAGGGACCCUAGCGUCAUUCUUCACACUGAUGGCAAAUACUACAUCGCAUAUACCACGGAUUGGAGUGGUUCAAACUUUGCCAUCGCAAGUAGCUCGGACUUAACCACUUGGACUCUUGUAACCACCGUAUCCACUGCGUCGUCGGUAAUCAACCCCGUCAACACGUGGGCUCCUGAAUUCUUCAAGGAUCCGAAGACCGGAAAAUUGAAUAUUAUCGUGUCUCUCUCCACGGGAAGCUACGGGCCGUUCAGGCCGUUCGCUUUCACCGCGAAUGACAACACAUUGAGAUCGUGGUCUGGACCCGUUGUACUCUCCGGGAUCCCCAACACAGGUCUAGGGUAUAUCGACAGCUUCCCGGUGUUUUUCAAUAACCAGUACCAUCUGUUCACAAAAGCGGAAUCCAAUGGCCAGAAACAUGUUGAACACGCUGUAUCAUCCUCGCUAACAGGUCCAUACAGCUUUGUCCAAACUGGCGAUUUCGCCGGGUGGGGGCAGGCUGAAGGACCAUGUGUCACAGUUUUACCGAACGGACAAUUCAGAUUAUUCGCCGAUGGCUUCAAUUCUGGCAAAUACAUAUAUUCGGACUCGGCAGAUCUAUACAAUUGGUCAGCAUACCGAACCUUACCAGGCGGUCUUAACGGAUUUGUUCGGCAUGGCACCGUUCUCAAGCAGUGA